CUGGAAUCCCUGUGACAGCAGCACACAAAGUUCAAGCCACCACAAUCGACAGUGCCAAUUUCUGCAUCACCUGAUUUGAUUAACAACCAAGCAAUUAAAGUGGAAGUCACCACCUGAGCCGUAACAAGGGAAAGAUCCAUGGCACCAACUUUGUAUGAUGAGAAGCCAGAACCCGGAGAUUUGAUAGAAAUUUUUCGUGGAUCUUACCAGCAUUGGGCCAUUUACGUCGGAGACGGCUAUGUUAUUCAUUUGGCACCUCCUUCUGAGAUGGCUGGUGCAGCUGGUACAGCUUUAAUGUCAGUGCUCAGUGACAAAGCCAUUGUGAAGAAAGAGGAGCUUUGGGAGGUAGUGGGAACGGACAAGUAUGUCAUUAACAACUUGCUUGACAAGAAAUAUGAACCACGGCCCAUUAAGGUGAUUCUGCGGGAGGCCCAGAGACUGGUUGGUCAGGAGCUGCCCUAUUGUGUCUUCAGAGGCAACUGUGAGCACUUUGUCACUGAGCUGCGAUAUGGGACUGCAGAAUCGCGCCAGGUGCGUAAAGCGGCGGAGGUUGGUCUCGGUGUGGCUGUGGCAGGUCUGAUCGGGGUGGGGGCUGUUGCUUUGGCAGCAGCUCUUUUUGGUUCAGGGAAGAAAGAGAAGAAAGAGACACAGUGAACUCCAAGCUCAAUCUGAGUCUGCCCAAAGCACACACGGUCACCAGCAGGCCUUCGGACGUCUCCAUGUUACACUAUGCAUUUUACUUAUAGAAAAAAAGCAACAGCGUGUGAUCUUGAAUAUGUGAUAAUAGAAAUCAAAUUAAACUUGCAGGCACUGAAUAAACCCGUCUAAGCAGAUAGUUUUGUAUUUUGCCCUCUAAUGACCUUUUUUGAACAAUGAUCUUUUUAGAUCCUUUUAAUGCCAUUUGUAUGUAUGGUUUUAAUUGAGCUGGUCUCACUGAUCAUCAGAUAAUAAGCUACUGUUUGGUAACAAGUUUGAACUGGUUUUGCCAAAUUAGAUAUGACUGAUUAAAACUAUUAAUCUUGUUUGUAUACACAUGAUAAUAGAGGGAAAAUGUUAGCACAAUUUGAUGAUGUUAUAAUUCAAGGAAGCAUGAGAGGGAAGUAGUGAAAUAUCAAGUCAAACCCUCCUCUUACCAUCUGAAUCCUUUGAGUGAUCAGUGCAUGGUGGAGUUUGUGAAGAAAACAGUCCCUUUAAGUAAUAAACUUUAUAUGAUUUAUGAUGACUCAGGUGUGUGUUUAAAUAUUAUAUUAAAAAUAAUCAACCAAAUGAUUAUUGUCAUGUUUAUUCUGUCAACUGUUUAUAUACUGACAUAUUUGCUGUUUUUAAU